AUGUCGCCCACAAUUCACAAGAAUACUCUCCUCGAGUCCUUUGCAAAGGACCAAGUCAAUGUGUCUCUGGGUGUAAAGAUUUUGAAAGGGGUCGAAAUUGUUCAUAUUGCAAAAUCCGCUGGCUACGAUUCCCUUUUCGUCGAUCUUGAGCAUUCCACCCUCACCAUCAAGGAUGCAGGUCAGAUAUGCAUCGCAGCAUUGUCAGCUGGUGUUUCACCUUUCAUCAGGGUGCCACACGAAUGUGGUGAUGGGAUGAUCCAGAAAGCCCUUGACGCAGGAGCCAUGGGUGUGGUUGUGCCUCAUAUUGAUACUGUUGAACAAGCGCAAAAAGCCAUUUCCAUCACAAAAUUCCCCCCUCUAGGGGGCCGGUCCAUCACUGGCGCGUUGCCUCAGUUUGACAUGGCUCCGAUCCCUCCAACGAUUACAGGACCACUACUGGACCAGAGCGGUUCAGUUGUCGCCCUCAUCAUUGAGUCCGGCUUAGGAGCCGACAAUGCUGAUGCUAUUGCAAAUCUACCUGGAGCAGAUAUACUUGUUAUAGGCUGUUAUGAUCUCGCAUCCAAUAUUGGCACACUGGGUGAGUGGGAUCACCCCAAGUUUCUCUGCUGUCUGGAAAAAGUAGCAAAGGCUUGCAAGAAACAUGACAAACAUUGGGGUUUCGGGGGUCUUGAGCAUCGUCCGGAUUUAAUGGACAUAUGCGUCAAUGAAUGGGGUGCGAGGUGGAUUCUCGGUCAACAAGACUUUGGCUUGCUUCUGAAGGCGGGUAGAGAGAACUCCCAGAUGCUCAAGAUGAUACAGAAAACCAAGUAA